GUUAAAAUGUCAUUAUUUGCAAAACAAGUUGUUAUGUGUUAUAAGUGACGGAAAAAUGCCAACUUUAUUAAUUAUUCGUUAUAAUUAUAGAAGGGUAUAAAGAUUUAAGAGCCAUGUUCGAGAAGGUUUCAAGUGUUUCCUCUAAAAAACGAAAUGCAUCUAACAGAAUAACUGAAGACCAGUUUUAUGAAAUAUAUCCAGAAGGUUAUCGGGAUUGCAAUUUUUUUUCUGAACCUGUCGCCUAUUGUUCAAUGAGCAAAGAAGCAAUCAAGAGAAGUAACAACAUAGAACUAUUUCCUUGCAAUUUAUCGAAAUGGUUGGAAUUGCAAAGAAAAUUACAGAAUACUGUACAGGUUGGUCAUUCUGUGGACACCGAAAUAUUAACAGCUGUUUUGAAUUGUGACACAAAAAGAUUUGCGCCUACGACACAGAAAUUAGUUAUAAACACUCCAGAAACUCUAUCGCAGAAUGUAUUUUUCUCGCCUUCAAAAUCUAAACGGGCAAAGAAAAAAAAUAAAAAUUCUGUAUUGAAGUCUCCGUGUAAAAAAGAUGGUGACAUUAGAGCAUUAUUUAGUACAGCCACAAAAUCAACGAAAAAUUAUACCAAACACAUAAACGAUUUAGGUAUUAAUGAUGGUAAAAUACCAAUACGACUACUUAAUCUAUUGGUUGAUUUAAGUCUAGAAAACAAAAACGUGGCGAAAUAUUGUUACAUGUGCCUUAAUAUUUGUAACUGCACAAUAAUUAAAGAUUUGAGAGAAAAUGAAAGUUGUGCAACAUUGUCAUAUACACCACCUGUAUCUAGCGAACCCUAUUUACCUAAUAUUAAUUUUAUUGAAGAAUUAAAUAAAGGAUCUUUCAUAAAAUAUGCUGAAGAAUUUUCUGCCAGUGAAAAUAAAAAUCUAAAAGCAGAUGAAGGACAAAAAAUAAAAAAUUACUUUGAUCUCAACCCCAUUUAUGAACUUAAUAGCAAUUUCAAUAUAGAAAUUGAUUUCGAAUCAUUUUGUGAACUGGAUUCACCGGUUUUAGAAAAAGAAAAUACCAAUUUUGAUAUUGGGGAUACCAGUGAUAUAUUUCGGCUUUCAGCGGAUAUUUUUUCUGAAAAACUUACAGGAGCUGAAGACAAAAUAGAUAAUAGUAUGUCGAUAGAUGCUUUAGACUAUUUCAAUCUUAACAGUAUUGAUGAUAUAUUCACUGAUACUGACGACGAGGUUCCAUAA